UAAUUCAAUUGACUGUCAUUCUCGAUUGAAAUAUCUUCCAACGAUUAACAUAUUUUACUCAUCUGUUGUUGUUUUUCAAUGCCCUUUCUUGGAUCUAGACCUGCUAAACGGAGAUCUCUGCACAAUCGAUUUGCUGUGAGAGUUAAAGAUAUGAAAAAGAACUGCCUAAGAACAGUUGUUAUAGUAGACAACAGCUGGAUUGUCCCUUAUUCUCCGUUUCUCUCACGACAGAUGAACUGUCACAUUAACGUUGAAAUUUGCAGUUCAGUCAACUCAAUCAAAUAUAUUCUAAAAUAUACGUAUAAAGGAACUGACAGGGCUACAUAUAAUCUACAAAGUCCGGGUUUGGAUGAAAUAUCCGAAUAUGAGAAUCAUAGGUAUUUGGGGGCUAAAUCUAAUGAAGCCACUAUGGUCAUACUUGGUAUGGAACGAAACGGUCACCGGCCAACAGUCGUUACAUUAGACAUACACCUCGAGGGGGAACACCAAUUCAUAUUCAAUCCAGAGACUACUACAUCCCAGUCCAUGGAGAACAGUAACCCACCCCCUUCGAAACUUGUGGCAUUCUUUAAUCUCUGCUCAGAGGACUUAUUUGCUUCUACUUUAAAAUAUCACGAAUUCCCCGAGUUUUACACCUGGGGAAAAGGAGAGUGGAAGCGUCGUCAGAUUGGUGGAAGGAAGAUGUAUCAGACCGACGAUUCUGUAGUAGUCCACUCAAAUACUAUUGGUAGACUCUACUCGAUGUCACCAAAAAUUGGUGAUCUUUACUACCUCAGACUGUUGUUGGUUCAUCAGCCAGGCCCAACGUCAUUCGCUCACCUCAAGACAGUUGACGGUGAGCUACUGUCAACCUUCAAAGAGGCUUGCAGAAGACACGGCUUAUUGGACAACGAUGACCACAUUUUUGAUGCGAUGAACGAGAUUAGUGCUACAUUGUCUGCUCUAAAACUUAGACAAUUUUUUGUUACGGUCAUCUGCGCAUGCGAACCGUCUGAGUUCUGACCCCCUAUCUCUGUGGGAAACAUUCGCGGAUAAUCUCUGCGAGGAUUUAUAGUGUCCUUUAAUAAAAUUUUCGACUACAGCGGAUUUCAACGCGCGGUGUUAUGCUGUAUGCUACGUCAGAAUUUCACAACUAGCUCACAUUUACCCUCAUGACGCUAUAUACCUAUAUAUAUUUAUAAC